UAAUCUUUCAGGAGGACAUAUAGCUGCUGCCAUAACGAGAUCUGCUGUAUGACUACAGGUUAUUUUAUUCACAUUUAUUCUGCAUUUAAGGAUUGCAUUUAAUACACUAACAUCAUCAUGAAAUCAAUGAGGGAAGUUGAUCUGGAUACAUACAGUCUGUCUUUACUUACUGCAAAAGAAGACAUCCUGAAUCCACGCUCGUCAACAAACUGGGCUUUAUUCACCUAUGAUGGAAUAAUGAACAUGCUCAAACUGGCUGAUUCUGGAGCAGGUGGAUUGAAAGAGUUGACAGCUAAGCUUCACCCUAAAUGGCCACUUUAUGGGAUGUGUAGGGUGGGCAAAGCUCAACCUCGCGUCGCUAUGAUAUUAUGGGUAGGAAAUGAAGUGGAUGGGUACCGCAGAGCUGAGUGUGCCAGUCAUUUACCAGCAAUCAGGGCUUUCUUUAAGGAAGUUCACAUCUUUCUUCCUGCCCACACUUUGGAUGAAAUCACAGAGGAGAGGAUCUGUACACUGGCCUAUAAUGCUGCAGUGGUGACACAGGGACCGAGAGGGAGACCCAGCCACCGGACAGAAGACAGACAGGCCAUUGUGGGCACUAAUUACAAGCGGACAAUCGCAGCUGCAGAGAUCCAAAGAAUACAGAGAGAUUCUUUUUGGGCACACGCAGAGAGAGAAGAGGAGGAAAGGAAAAAGGAGGAACAGCGGAGGGCAGCAGAGGACAGGAAGCAGAGAGAGAAAGAACGUUUGCUCCAGGAAAGGAGAGAUGCAACAGAGAGAGAGCGGAGGAUGAAUGAAAAGGAACAGAAAAUAAAGGAGCAGAGGAGAAUACAGGCCCAAAUGGAGGCAGAGGCCUGGAAACUGGAGAAAAUAAAAUGGGAGCAUGAGGAAAGGGAGCGUGAAGAAGAGGAAAUUAGAGCUAGAUAUUCACGCUCUCAAUCAGAGGAAAAUGCUGUGGAGGCAGCAGCUCUUGUGUCUCAGCGUGCUGUAAACCCCAGAGAGUUUUUCAGACAACUGUCCUCCUCAAGUGUCCACAUAGCCUCCCAUCCCAGCUCCACAUGUCCAGCCAGGAGUCCCUAUAGGCGACUGCAUCGAUGUCAGACAGACAAUAUCUUCAGUUUCAAUGAAUCACCUUCUUCUACACCUACUUCCCCAUACAGAUCAUCAGUGGUAUCGCCUUACUUUCCGUCGACUCCCACAUCCCGGAGCCCAAUCCUUUUCACUAGCACUAUGGCUUCCUCGCUGCCGAAUGGUUCAAUGGUAUCUAACAAAAGCCAGAUCCAGCAAUCUAAGAUGAUGGAGCCACGGCUCCAAACUCAACCAUCACCUACAACCGAUGCAACUGAAUCUGAAAUCAAAACUCCUGUCAGUGAUAUACUAGACAGUCUGGUCUUUUAUCCACCUCCACCAACCCCUGAACAGCUCCAACCAGAUGAAUCAGAGGUAGCCGAUGAGUUUCCUCCACCUCCCCCUGGUUUUGAGAAUUCACCAGAACCAUCUGUGGGCCAGCCUGAGACACUUGACGACCCCUUAGACCCUCUUCUUCCUCCAUCAUGUGUUUUGGUACCUGAGCCACCCACCAGACCACUUCCUGCUCUGUCUGUUGCUCCACGAACGCUGAACGACUUGGAACCGGGGAGGGAUUUUACUGCUUGGGCAUCAGGUAUAUCUACGGUUGAGGAGGAGGAGGAUGAAGGGAAUGAAGCAAAAGAGAUUAAAUAUGAGGGGAAAGAUGCAACUGAAGAGAUGUAUGGAGAGCGAGGGAGGCAUGAAGAAGAGAAGGGAGGUGGAGAAGAGAGAGCUGAAACUGGAGAGAUGAAAAACAGGGGACAGGAAGAACACGAUGGAAUGACUAUGGAAAAUCAUGAAAGUGAAAAAGAAUCAAAUGGUAAAAUGAUGGAGAAAUAUGAGAGUGGAAAAGAACAAGAUGGGAAAAUGUUGGAAGAAUGUGAGAGUGAAGAAAAACAAGAUGGAAAUAUUAUGGAAGAACGUGAGAGGGAAGAAGAUAAAGUUGGGGAGAUUGUGGAAGAAUUUGAGAGUGGGAAAAUUAUAGAGGAAAAAGAAAGUGAAAAAGAUGGGAAAGAUUUGGAAAAAAAUAUGGAAGAACAUGAGCAAGAUGGGAAAAUUGUGGAUGCAUUUGACAGUGAAAAAGAUGAGAAAAGCAUGGAAAUAUCUGAAACUGAAAUGAAACGAUAUGCAAAAAUGAUGGAAAAAUGUGGGCAAGAAACUGAACAAAAUAGGAAAAUGAAAGAAAAAUGUGAUGAAGAACAUGACAGUGAAAAUGAACAAGCUGGUAAAAUUAUGAAAGAACAUGAGGUUGAUAAAAUACAAGAUGGGGGCAUCAUGGAAGAACAUGAAUGUGAAAAAGAACAAGACUGGAAAAUUAAUGAAGAAUUUAAGAGUGAACAAAUACAAUAUGCAAAAAUGAUGGAAGAAUGUGGGCAAGAUGGGAAAACUGUAGAAAAAUGUGAGGAAGAACAUAAGAGGGAAAAAGAAAUUGAUAGAAAAAUAAUGGAAGAAGAUGGAAAAAAAGGAAAUCAAGAUGGAAAAACUGUGGAUGCAUUUGAAAGUGAAAAAGAACAGGAUGAGACAAGCAUGGAAGGAUUUGAGACUGAAGAAAUACAUAAAUGUGAAGAAGAACAUGAGAUUGAAAAAGAACAGAACCGGAAAAUGAUAGAAGACUGUGAGAGUGAAAAAAUACAUGAUGGAGAAUUCAUAGAAGAACAUGAAGGUGAAAAAGAGGAUCGGAAAGUAGUGGAAGUAUUUGAGACUGAAAAAAUUAUGGAGGUAUGUGGGCAAGAAAAUGAGCAAGAUGGAAAAAAUGUAGAAAAAUGUAAGGAAGAACAUGAGAGUGAAAAAGAAGAUGAUGUUGAAGAACGAGAUAGUAGAAGGUUGGAAGAACAGGAUUGGAAAAUGAUGGAAGUGUUUGAAAGUGAAAAAGAGCAAGAUUGUAAAAUUGGGGAAAUACAUGAAGAUGGGAAAAGUCUGGAAGAACAUGAGGGUGAAAAAGAACAGAAUCAGAAAAUGACAGAAAACUGUGAGAGUGAAAAAAUACAAUAUGGGAACAUCAUGGAUGAACAUGAAUGUGAAAACAAACAAGAUGGGAUGACGGAAAACCAACAGGACAGACAGAACCAAGACAAUGAACAUAUGUCACAUGUGGAUGUAGACAGAGCAGUGAACGUGACUGUGCUCAGGAAGGAAGAAUCAUACACAGAAAUAAUAAAGAAGAAUGAGGCGACAGAAGUAGGUGAUGAAAAUGAGAAGGAACAGAUGGACACACCUUUAAUCCAGACAGUGGAGGCUGAUGUAGUUUUUUCCCAGCAUGCACCACUCUUUCAAGAAUCCCAUGCUACAGAGCCAUCUCAAAUCAAUGACGCAUGUAUUCCUGAAAUCAUUUCAACCACUCAAGAUAAAAACGAGCCACAGAUGAGCUCAACUGAUACCUUACCCCAAAUAAACUUACCAACCAUUCAGGUCGAGACAGAUCUUUCUAGUUUGAGCAAUCAAGGAGAUUCAGACAUGAAAGAAAAGACUGAAUCUGUUGACUCUCAGGCUUCCUCAGAGACCUCCAAGAACAGCCCAGACGCCACAUCAGCAGAACAGACUCCUGACACAGAAACAUGGGCUACAGUGGAGGAUGAACAGACAGAAAUGCUUCAACAGGAUAAAAUUGUGGACAGCAGCAAUUAUUUGGCUGAGGGGAUCAAUACUGAGUGCAAGACAUUACCUAUAGCUGAGAAGCAAGCCAGGACUGGACAGUCAGAUACUGCAAUGGACCUAAAAUGCAGUAUUACUCAUCAGCUGGAUCCGACUAAUGACAUAAGUGAUCUUGAAGUGGGAGAAGAGGCUAUAUCACUCCUAGCCAGUGACACAGAUGUGGAGCAGAACUUAAAGUCUAAUUCUGACCCUGAUCAAGUGAAUAAAGACAUUAAACAUAAAAUUAUGGAGAACUGCGAAACAAUCGCGGAAACACCCAACAACAUGAGGAAUGAUAAGAUAGCCGAUGAAAAGUGAAGAACAUAAUUGGAGACAUCAUGGGAACUCUGUAGCAAUCGUAGAGGAGCCUGUUUAUAGAAAUAUGACCAACAGAUGUUUCUCUCAACCAAUUACUGGAGGCCUUUCAAUGAUUUUCUCAAAAUUAUUCUCAUAUGUGCACAAUUAUUCAAUAUAUGUAGCACAUGUUCAGAACUGCGUCCACAGAUGCACUCGAUAUACAAUGGGCUCCAAACGUUUGAGACCCCACUGGAAAUUGGAAAACUGUAUACAUUUUUUUUUUAAUUCUUAAGAAUAUAAAACAGAAAACAACAUUAUGAUGUAAAAUAAAGAAGCCAUAUUUCUCAAAUCAGGCUGGAGAACAUGAUCAUCAUGACACACCAAAAACUGAGACAUAAAUUCAUUUUUUCCAUUCAGCUUUUCACUCAAAUUGUUAUAUUGAUAAUAUAAUUUUUAAUAUAUAAAUGCACUAUAUUAUAAAAGAAGCAUUUUCACAAGUGG